AUGGGGAAGGCCAAAAAGACACGGAAAUUCGCCGAAGUCAAGCGGUUGCUGAGCCCCAAGGACAUCAAGCCGCCGAAGGAGAAGCAGCAGCACAAGAAAGACGAGAAGAAAGUGCGGCAUGUUGAGAAGGUGUCCAGCGCCCUCUUCUUCAAGUACAACACCCAGCUGGGCCCCCCCUACCAGGUGCUGGUGGACACCAACUUUAUCAACUUUUCCAUCAAGAACAAGAUUGACCUGGUGCGCGGCAUGAUGGACUGCCUCUACGCGGAGUGCACCCCCAUAGUCACGGACUGCGUCAUGGCGGAGCUGGAGAAGCUGGGCCAAAAAUACAGGGUGGCCCUUAAGGUCGCAAAGGACCCCCGGGUGGAGCGGCUACCGUGCAGCCACAAGGGCACCUACGCAGACGACUGCAUCUGCGAGCGCGUGGCGCAGGCCAAGUGCUACAUCGUGGCGACCUGCGACAGGGACCUGCGGCGGCGGAUACGCAAGGUGGGGGCGCGGCGCGGCUGGGUGGGGCGGGCGUGA